AGUUAGGUUGAGAGAGAUCCCGGGCUUCUUUCCCCGUGACUGACUGCCCGGUUACACACAGUAACUGUACACACAUAUACAUAUAUAUAUAAUAACCGCCAUCAUCAUCAUCCCUUUUACUGUGUGAACCUUCCCCGGGAAGCUGCGGCCUCAGUAAAGCGAUGGGUAAAAAGAGCAGAGUGAAAACACAGAAAUCGGGAGGUGGAGCAACAUCAGCCAUUUCUACAAAGGAAAUAAUGAAUCUGAUAACCGAGCUGCUUCAGAAAUGCAGUAACCCAUCAACAGCACCAGGAAAAGAAUGGGAAGAAUAUGUACAGAUCCGAGGUCUGGUAGAGAAAAUACGUAAAAAGCAAAAAGGAUUAUCAGUGGUCUUUGAUGGGAACCGAGAAGACCACUUUGCUGAAUUAAUGGAGUGGGGAGCUGACUGUGGAGCCUCGACCGAAGGGUUUGAAGUCACUUAUUUCUCUGAAGAGGGAUAUGGGUUAAAGGCAACGAAAGACAUCAAGGCAGAAGAACUCUUUCUCUGGAUCCCCCGAAAAAUGCUGAUGACUGUUGAAUCUGCUAAAAAUUCUAUACUUGGUCUCAUCUAUGCUCAAGACCGGAUUCUGCAAGCUAUGGGCAACAUUACCCUUGCUUUCCAUCUGCUGUGUGAACGUUCCACUCCCAAUUCUUUCUGGCUCCCUUACAUUAAGACGUUACCUGCUGAGUACCACACCCCCUUGUAUUUUGAAGAGGAAGAGGUGCAUUACCUUCAAUCGACCCAAGCUAUCCACGAUGUCUUCAGCCAAUACAAAAACACUGCUCGCCAGUACGCUUACUUCUACAAGCUUAUCCAGACCCAUCCGAAUGCCAGCAAACUGCCCUUGAAAGAAUCCUUCACUUUUGACGACUACAGGUGGGCUGUCUCCUCUGUCAUGACCCGUCAGAACCAGAUCCCAACUGAAGACGGUUCCCGAGUGACUCUGGCUCUUAUACCUCUGUGGGAUAUGUGUAACCACACCAAUGGCUUGAUCACCACCGGAUACAACCUGGAGGAUGACCGGUGCGAAUGUGUUGCUUUACAGGACUACAAAGAGGGGGAUCAGAUCUACAUUUUCUACGGGACACGCUCCAACGCUGAAUUUGUGAUCCACAACGGUUUUUUCUUCAAUAAUAACUCGCACGACAGAGUGAAGAUAAAGCUGGGCGUCAGUAAGAGUGACCGACUGUACGCAAUGAAAGCAGAAGUCCUAGCUCGGGCCGGCAUACCAACGUCCAGUGUAUUUGCUCUGCACUGUAGCGAGCCUCCGAUCUCAGCCCAGCUGUUGGCUUUCCUGCGGGUCUUCUGCAUGACUGAAGAUGAACUGAAAGAACACCUUGUGGGCGAGCAUGCCAUUGAUAAGAUUUUUACCCUGGGAAACUCUGAAUUCCCUGUGAGCUGGGAUAAUGAAAUCAAACUGUGGACCUUUCUUGAAACUAGAGCUGCACUCCUGUUAAAAAGCUAUAAAACUACUUCUGAGGAUGACACGUCACUGCUGGAGAAGCCUGAGCUUUUGUAUCACACCCGGAUGGCCAUCCAGCUGCGCUCGGCAGAGAGGGAGAUUCUGGAGAAAGGGGUGAAAAGCGCCGGUACAAAGCAAGAGCACUUUACAACGCUGCAGAACAAGGACGCACCCCUGCCCAAAUACGAAGAGAGCAACAUCGCCAUGCUGGAGAAUAGCGUGGCGGACUCCAAACUCCCCGUGGUGCUGAGGGAUCUAAAUGGCAACGAGGAUGGUGAGCAGGAGUUGAAGUUGGCAGAGACUUUGGGCGAGGCCAUUGUGGCAGGAGGAGGUGUUGUGAACGGAGACAGCUCUUUGCCCAACGGCACCGAGCCAAAAAGCUACGAGACCUCAAACCAAAAGACUGGAGACGCCAAAGAGAGUUUAUCAGAAAAGAGCGAAACAACUGAAACCAUUGAAUUUAAAGAACAAUCAUGAAAGACGAUAUAAAAAGAAAGCGAGGUUUUGCUGUCACAAACCAGUGUAAAAUGCGGAAUGGAACCAUGUGAACCAUUUACCCUCACUGAAAGUGGAGCACAUUUUGAUCAUGUCCUUUAAAGACAGACAGAGAGAGAGACAUGACAAGGUGACAUUCAAAUGGUAUUUUAGGUCACAAGACCAGUCUUUCCAGUUUAAAAAAAGUAAGUUUAUUUAAAAAGAAGUGGUCUUAAACUAGAUUAAUGCUGAUGUUUGCCUUGUCUGAGUUCCUGUCAGUGUUAGCUACAGAAAUUGAAAAGGAUGCGAAUCAGUUUCAGCAACUAACUUUUUGGGGGGUUUUAUUAUUUUAUUUCUUUAAAAAA